CUCUCUCUCUCUCUCUCUCUCUUCCGUUCGCGUCGGCCUCUCUCCUCCUCUGUAGCGAAACCCUCGCCAUGGCGGAGUCGCCCGAGAACGCCGCCCCCGCCUCUGCUCCCGCUCCCACCCCGCCGGCGCCUUUGUCUUCGCUGCCCAAGUCGGGGGUCCCGCCGCGGUACGACCUGGACGCCAAGUGGGACGCGUGCCUUGACCUCUCCAUCCGCCGCGUUGCCUACUCCUCCCUCGCCGGCGCCUUCGCAGGCCUCCUCCUCUUCCGUAGCCCUACAACUCGCUGGGCGUCGGUUGCCCUUGGAGCUGGUGUGGGGAUAGGGGCUGCAUACACUGAAUGCUCAUACUUAUUCAACGGUGCUCCUCCAAAGUUGUCACCCAAAGUCUCAACUGUUCCUUCUGCUCACUCUGAAGGAGAGGACAAGUGAACGCAGUGCGUUGGAUGGGUCCAUCUCGGUGGAGUUUUGGAGUGUGUUCUUGAAGUGGUUGUUUCAUGUUGGGUAUCGCGCUACGUCAGGCCAUUGUAUUUCAUUAAGUUAGAUGUGCCUCACUUAUGAGUUUUGUGUAGUCUCCAUGCAAACUUAUUCCAAUUGUGGUCUGAUGACCCCCGGCUGCAAAGAGCUUUGUAAGCUGUCUUCUAUUGACGGCUUGGUGACCGGGAAUAAUUUUUUCAUCAUGUAGGCUUGUUUGCAGCAUGCAUGAGCGUUACAUUAGUAUACUUUACACAUUACACAAUCCGUUUCUGGGCUGCACCUUAUCUCUAUGCCAGCAUUUUUAAUGUAAAAACUCUCGAGUGUUCACUACUUCACUUUGGUCUUC